GCUGUUUUCUGUUCCCAGCAAGGUCGAGAUUCUGGACGCUGCAGGAGGACCAGUGUGCAUGCUAGUAAGCAAGGUGUUCACGAUUCACAACACCACCUACCUCUGCCCGGGAAAAAGCACAGACACCGAGGGUCACUUGCUAAGGGCUAGGAAACUCAUCUUCACCAUUGUCCCCGUUCUUGAGGUUUACUUACGGGGAAACAAUUCAGACAACCCGGACAUUACCUUAUCUGGCUCAAUUCUCAACUAUGAUUUCAAA